AUGUCAACAUCAGAGAACACAACAACUGCUAUCGUUCAUGAAGCUAUAGAUGAAGAAUAUGAGUGGGUUCAGUAUAACAAACAGUUACGUCUCAUUCGUUCGGUCAAAGAUGACAUGUACCAAAUGCGAAGUAUUUUGACAGCAUGUUUUGCUCCAGACACUAAACACGCAGACGACUGGUUCAAAAACCAAAGCACACAAGAACUUUUGAGUGAAAUUUCUCUAGACCGACUUUUUUCGGUCUUGCAUAAAACACAUGAAAAUCGUAAAAAUUUGGCUCCUGGUUUGAGAGGUUGGUAUGUACAUAGACUUCUUGUAAAUGCUGUUGCAAUGUGGGCUUCACCUCGUUAUGCAUGGCAUGUUUACAAACUUCUUGACGAAAUUCAUAGACAAGAACGUGAAGAGCUAGAGAACAAGCUUGAAGCAAAAGAUGAAGUCAUUGAAGCAAAAGACAAAACCAUACAGAAAAGAAUACCACGUUCGGUACCAAAAGGAAAGGAAAAGAACUAUAAGUAUAUGAUUUACACUGAAGAGAUGGAAAAUGAAGAAGACAGAGAUAUGGUUAUGUUGCAUUUAGUCAGAAGAAACAACAAAAGCUUUUACGACCUUGCUAAGAUUUACAAAUCUGACAGAAAUUGGUUCUAUCGCGAAAACUUACCGAUUUCAAUGACACCGAAUGAAGAUGUUAAACAGAUAGUUCAAGAUACGUUACCUCAAACACACUAUGAUAUGAAAGGUUGUACAAUACUUACAUUCAAAGAAGAUUUGCCAUUGUUAAAGGAAAAAAUAACAGAGUAUUUUGACAACUUCAAACAAGCAGAGUAG